UCGGAAACCUCCUCCCCCCUCCCCCAUAUCAACGCAGUUCCCUUCCUUGUCUUGUACGAAGGAUCCCUUCUUGAGCAGAUCGAUCGUGGCCUGCCCUCCCUCCUGAGUCUCAUAGCUCGCCCUGCCGAUUCCACCAUUGAGGCUGAGGGCACCAGAGGCGUGUCUUGUUCAACAUCUGGGCGGUAAGCAGAUCAAUUCCCACACCUGAUUCAUAGAAACAUAAGGUAAAUUCUGGUAUGACUUGAAGAUUUUGCCUCCUCCCCCCCUUCUUGGUUCAGAUCUGUCCCUUCUAUCCUUUCUAAUUACUCUUCUCUUGAGUUAAUUCGAUAGUGCACACCAACUGUUUGAUAGUUGUCCUCUGUUAUUGGUUUAGAAUUUUGGGGAGCCUUCAGAUAGAGUUGGUUGCUUCUGGUAACUAUUGGGGUGUCAGGUGCGGACGCGUGCAAUAUUUCAAUCUUGUUCUGCACCAUUAUUACCUUGGUGACUUCAAUCUCUUCAUAGACUUUUCUUUAUGGAACUCCAAUUCUGAAUAUCAUGUUCUUGUUGGGUAGUAUAGUUGGGUUAGUUCUUAUGAGUAUCAGACCAUGAUCUGCGGCCCCCAAUAAUUUGAAUGUUGAUUUUUUAUGAAUACCAGAACAUGAUGUGCAGCAGCACAAUUAAUAGUCCAGUCUGGAAACGACACACUUGUUCUGAAAAUAAAUGUUAGUGACUUGAGAAUAACAUAUCAUCAGCCUAGCUAUAUUGGUUGUGCAUGAACCAAACCUCCUUAACAGAAAAGAGAAUGAACGUGGGUGUCCUUGAUCUUCUCAUCCUCUUACUAUCCGUGGAUAGUGUUAUACCUGAACAUGUGUGCCCCCUCCCCCUAGCAAACACCAACUUAAGCACCAUAUACCACAUCAAGUACAAUGUGGUCUGACUUAUUUUGUUGAUUGCAGGGGUAGUAAUUACUUGAUAAUAUGAUUGUUUGAGCUGAAAUCUGAAUUAAUCGUCUUCACAUCUAUUGGGAUGACUGUCAUAAGGUCGAGCAGGACCACAAAAUAUUGUCUUUUGCAAAAAUUAUUUAAACUUUUGGUCAUUUUAAUGUUGCAGCAGAUAUGUCACGGACAAGAAUUAACGUUGUUGAAUCUAAUGAAGAAUAUAUGAUGGAAGAACAGAUCGAACAUCAUAAUUCUGCUGCAAAAGAUGUCGAAUCAUCCGAUGUCCAUGAAAGAACUACUAAUGAUGAAGAAGGCUUCACAGAUUGUGAUGACGCUAGAGUGGAUGAAAACGAAGAUGCUGAAAAUGCAGAAACAAAAGAGCGUAAGAAGAGGAAGCUGAAAUACAUUUGGAACCUUCCAAAAGGGAAAAGGAUAAUGGUUCGCUAGAAUGAGAUAGAUCAGCCAAUUGGAAAAGAGGCUAAACAUCUUGGGGAUUUUCUUGGCUCAGUUGCAAGGAAUGGAUCAUUGUGUUGCUUGAGCUACAAGGACUGGAGAAUGCUAAAAACUAAAACAAAUGUAAAGGCUAUACUAGAUCAAGUGAAGAUGAGGUUCCUUUACCCUCCUCACAUGGAAAAAUAUAUAUUGAAGGUAAUUGGAGAUAGAUGGAGGCAACAUAAGUCCGAUCUGAAAGCAAUGUAUUUUGAAGAGAAAAAAGCACCGAAGCCAAUUACAAUAAUAAACCAAAAUCCGUGACUCCGGAUCAGUGGAGAUCUCUAGUUAAUCAUUGGACAACCCAGAAAGCGAAGGGGAUUAGUGCUACAAAUAGAAAUAAUUGUUCAAUGAGGAAGUCUACACAUACUAGUGGGACAAAAAGUUUCCCUCGUAAGAGGGAAGAAAUGAAAGAUGCAGAUCCUGAAAAGAAGUACCCUCAUAGGGCUCACUUGUUCAUGCACACGCACAAGCCAAAAACUUGCAAGAACAAAAUCAUUAAUGCUCAUGUGGAAGAGUUGAAAGAUAUUAUGGACAAGAACCCUGAAUUAGCAGAUAACAGCGGUGGAAAGACUGCAUGGAAAGGAGAUGCGUUGAACAAAUUAUUAGGGGAUGACAAGCCUGGCCAUGUACAUGGUUUGGGACUAGUUCCAAACCCAAAAAAACUUUUUGAUGUUUCCACUUCACGUGUAUUCCAGAAUACACAUUUUACUUCGGUGGAGGAUACACCAAAUGAAGAUAUGCUAGCUUUUAGAGUUGAAAUGGAAAAACUAUAUCAAGUAAAUAAAAAUCAGGAUGCUAAAGUUAUGGAACUAGACGAGAAGCUGAGAAGAAUGGAAAGACAACCAAAUCAGGAAAUUUCAGAUCCCAUGGCUACAAUUGGGCUUGAACCUUCGGUUGAUGGACACAACUCAAACAGAAAAAGAGUGCUUGCUCCUCCGGUUGAUGGACUCCAACUUGUUAAAAAACGAUCAAAUAAUUUACAGAACAAGCCAAGUGGAUCAAACAAUGCAAAUUUGCAACCAUCAAACAAGAAUUCUGUUUCAGAUAAGAACAAAGAAACUAUGGUUCAUAAUGGUGGCAGUGCACGACAACUAGAAAAAUGCUCUACUACACACAAGAAUGUUGUCCAGAACCAAGAAACUCCUCAUAAUUUCAGUGCUCAGCAAGGGGAAAUAAAUUCUGCUACACAUAAGAAUGUUGUUCAGAACAAAGAAACUUCUCUUGAGAAUGUUAGUGCAUGUCAGGGAGAUAAAAAUUCUGCUGCAAACAAACGGACCAAAAAAACAACAAAAGGUGCCAAUGCAAGCAGUAAGAGUGCUCAAAGUGGUUCGCUGAGCUGGUUGGGUGCCAGUGAAUUACCUGCAGGAACUAAAGUAUUCUUGAAGAGCCUGAAAAACCAUAACAAGGAUGUAGCUCUUGCUACAAUUGUAAGUUGUGAUCCAAACUUUAAACUUGAUGGUGAUGAAAUUAGGAAUGAAUUCUGGGCGGUGCAUGUUGAUAUGGCACUUGUGAAAACUGAAAAUUUGGUACGGAGUCGCAAAAACUGCACUACUCUCGGCAAUGCAGAAAAAACAAAGAUUGCAUGGCCCUCAACCUUUAUUCAAAAGAUAAAUGGAUGAGUAUAUGGGUGGGUGGCAAGUGUACUGCAAUGAUGAUGUUGAUAUUCUGCUUCAUGAUGGCGACGAUGAUGGAUGCUUUCAGUUUUAGUUAUGUUCUCGGGAUGAUGUUCCUGUUGGAUGUUGUUCCUCGAUUAAGUUUUAGUUAAGUUGUUGGGAAGUUGAAUGCUUUAGUUUAAGUUUCACUGUCAAGAAAGUAGUUAGAUUAUGCAUCACGUUUGGAUGAUGUUUCUCUUGUAAUAUCCACUAUUGUAAUCCAACAAUUUUAUCUCAUAUAUGAUAUAUG